CCAUCUGUCUGCAUAAUUUAAGGUAGGAAUGUGUGUUCAUCAGUGGUUGAAGUUACAAAAAACAUGUGUUACACAAUCUGUGAAUCAACUGUAUCGGUUACAAAAUCAGUUGUUUUUGCCACUUUAACAUAAAGCAUUAGAAAAGUUGCGACAGUCAUGCAUGGGGAUUGUUAUUUUGGUCUCUUAUGAGGAACUUGUAUUUAAACAACACUAUUGGAAAAAUACGCCUGCAACACCUUUAAACUUUUUAAACUUUAACUUUGGAACAGAAACUUGUCUGACAGCAGUUUUUAUCCAUGCAUGAACCUGCAGCUGGCUGCUAUAGUGGUCACAUGUCCUCUACUAUAAACCUCAGCACAAACCAAUGAGGCUACGUAAUUUCCAAUAAACUCAAUGAUCAAAAAUGUUGCCAAAAACUCCGCGCUGUCAGCAAAACCUUUGUUUACCUCAGCAGUCAUGUUGCUUGACCGGCAUGUGCGGUACAGGAGUUGUCACAUGUAAAUCUGGGCAUUCCUCACUUCCCUGAACUGACUAUAUCCUGUUCUAACACGACUUAUACAAGUCGGCUGCUUUCAUUAUCCACAGCUCUGACAGCUUUGUAAAAGAAGACUGCUCUGCUGAACUAAGCUGGUGACCAAAAACAUGUUUAACACAGGUGUUUCGACCUAUCUGUGCUUGUUUUUUGCCUGCUGCUUCUGCUGCAGCAGAGCUAUGCCGACUAAACGCAACAACGAGGCUGUGAAUGACAGAUCUGUGAUAGGUAUUUUAACUCAGGUUGUUACAGAUGAAAUUAUGAAACCAUUUGGGAGGACUUACAUACCUUCCUCUUACGUGAAAUACAUCGAGUCUGGGGGCAGCAGAGUGAUGCCUAUAAGAUUAACUCUGACUACAUCUGAAUAUGAGAACAUUUUCAUGAAGAUAAACGGGUUGAUUUUCAUUGGGGGAAAUGCAGAUUUGGAGACUUCAGACUUUGCCCGGGUGGCGAAGAUUUUUUACAGGCUCGCUCUGGCGGCUAAUGAUGCCGGGGACUACUUCCCUAUUUGGGGCACAUGCAUGGGAAUGCAGCUACUCACUGUGCUGGUGGCUGGUGAAAAUCUCCUGACAAAAACCCCAGCUGAGAACUUAGCAUUGCCCCUCAACUUAACCACAGAAGUGCAGUCCAGCCGGAUGUUCAAUACUUUCCCAGAUGAGCUCAUCAAUGCUUUGACCCAGGAACCUCUGACUGGCAAUUUUCACAACUAUGGAAUUACAAUAAAGGACUUCCAGGAAAAUGAGAUGCUACAGAGUUUCUUCACCAUCUUGUCAACAAACAUCGCUAAGAACGGAGCUCACUUUGUGUCAACUUUCGAAGGUAAAAGAUAUCCUUUCUACGGAGUUCAGUGGCACCCGGAGGUGAAUCGUUUUCAGUGGUACAGAAAGCUGAACUUCCCUCACUCCCGUCACGCUGUGCAGUUAUCGUCGCUGCUAGCUGAAUUUUUUGUCAAUGAAGCAAGGAGAAGUUUACAUCACUUUGACAGUCCUGCAGAAGAGGAAUCCUCACUGAUUUACAGCUACUCACCUGUCUAUGUCGCAAACAUCACAGCAUAUGAGCAGGCCUACUUCUUCUGAGCUACUCCUGCAGCUGAAUGGAUCUCUGCACAUGUAAAUGUUUAUAUGCUCUAGUGUCUGUAGUACGCUCGUAAAGUCUGCUGGUUUUAAUCUCAGAUAAUCAAAAGUGCUGUUUAAACCUUUGUGCUGAUUCAGAGUAUAUUUGUAUUUCACUAAGGAAGUAUUUUUGCUGGCAAUUAUGGCAUUACCGACCCAGAACUAUUACUAUAAUGGCAAAAAUAACACAUUAAUGUGGUCGUUUAUCAUAGUGAAGUGUGACUGUGUUUGAAGUAAACAUCAGGAUAGAUUUUAGGAGAACUAGGUCCACGUCUUUUGUACUUGGUUGUCAUUUAAUAAACAAUUUUUUUUAAUGUG